AUGAAAAUAAGGCGAGGAUCUUGGUUCUAUGCUGAUACGAUGCAACCGGUGGCUGAGGAAUUGGCAGAGGCGAUUGAGAAACAUCAUUUAGAGAAAUUCCGAAACCAAAUGAUCCCGGAUUCACCAGUUUUCAAUGAAAAUGAAGUCAACAAGAAGCCAGGUAUGUUAUUGCCAAUAAUAGUAUUGGAUGGUUACAGUUUUGACAAUGCUGAAAUGGGAGGAACAUGAUGAGGUUCGAUGGAAUUCGGUGAUUGACGUUUCCUUCUACAACAACACCAAGGCCAAUCGUUUAUUCCGUUUUGUCACUCGAGGCAAGGGCGUGUUCCCAUUGAAACGGGGAUUCAGUUCUGAAGCCUCGAUUGACGAGGGGAUGCCAAACUUUUCUGAUCUUAUCCUUGUUGUUCAUGGAAUCGGACAAAAGGGAUACGAAAAUCUUAUUGCCAAAAAUACAACUCAGUAAGAGGAAAAAGAAUGACUUAUUCACAAAAAUUAAUUACUAUUAUUAAACUUAAAAUUUUCAGAAUACGAGAGGUUAUGGACCAUCUCAUGGACAAGUAUCACAGUCAUGAAAAACGUCGCCCAAUGAUUCUGCCCAUCGAAUGGAGAUCCUCACUUGUAUUAGAUGAAGGUGUUACCGAUACAAUUACAUUGCCACGAAUGCCUCAGGUCAGAAGCGCGCUGAAUUCGAUUGCCAUGGACAUUAUGUAUUACCAAUCGCCUUUGUACAGAACAGAAGUGAGUGGUGCGCCAGUUUUGUUUAUUUGUUGCUUUUAGAUAGUUAAUGGAGUUAUCCGAUGCCUAAAUGUCACCUACACAAAGUUUGUAAAGAACAACCCCAACUUUAAUGGUGCCGUGUCCAUAUUCGCCCAUUCGUUGGGCUCGGUGAUUGCUUAUGACAUAAUAACCAACUGGUCUCCCCUGCUUUUAUACGACGAAUUUGUCACAAAUGCUAUAGAACAUAGGAAAAACGAAGCGGAAGACGAUGAACAACGAAAACUGUUCACUGACUUUUACGAAUGUCGACGGAAAAUUCUGGAACAAGAUGGACACAUGCAGGAAAUCCUGCUGAGACGAGAUGAAGAUCUCAAGUUUAAGGUCAAAAACUUGUUUUGCAUUGGAUCCCCGUUAGGAGUGUUCAUUAUUAUGAGAGGUGCGAAUGCGGAACAAUUACUCCCAAAGAAAGAGCAAUGCGAAAGAAUUUACAAUAUAUUCCAUCCUUAUGAUCCGGUUGCUUACCGACUGGAACCCAUGUAUCAUGAAAACUACAAGAACAUCAGGCCCAUCAAAUUGUUUGCUUACAAUGAAGUGAAUCGGGAUUAUAACAAAUUAGGAUACGAUUGUCAUCGAAGUUACUUAAAGAAGAUAAAGAAAGCCCAGAAGAAAGAAGCUGCCGCUUCAGGAGAGAAAACUGGGGAUUCAGACGAAAAACGAAAAGGGGAAGAAGAAGAAGAUGAGGACUCGGAUUCUGGAGAUUGCUCUUCAAUCCACUCCCCGGGUAAUAAGCAGCUUUAUAUCAUAAUUUAUAAUAGUCUAAAUCAUUUUUUAACUUUGGGGUUUCAGACAUUUAUUCGGGUCCUUCUCCCCGAUCCGAGAGUCCCAUCGGUCCUGAAGAUAUCCAAGAGAAUAUGGGAAAUGGAAAUACAAAUACCCCAUUAAAAGUAGAAACACAAAGUAGAUGGUGGAGAUUCGGAAGCACUACUGGAGAAAAGAAGCCCAAAGAAGAUGGUGUAAAAGAGAAGGAAGAGAAACCCGAAUUCACAUUGGAAAUAGAAAGGAAAGAAGAUAAAAUUGUUCUAUCACCGGCUGAACAGUUGAUCGACGGAAUUCCACGUAUGUCUCAAUCUAUUUUCAAUAUGAUAUUUUUGGCGAUUAUUGUAAUAGUUUUUUUUUCAGAAGAAAAACGCGUUCCCUACAGAAUAGAUUUUCAACUCCAAACAUCUCUCACUGACAAGAGUUAUUGGUCGGUACUAAAGUCUCAUUUUGGCUACUGGACUAACUAUGACGUCACGGCCUUCUUGAUUAACCAGUUGUAUCCUCCUAUCAUCUCUGAGCCCUCACCCAAAGUCUAG